AUGUCGGACACUCCUAGUGUUAAACUGGAGCACGGAUUUGCAGACGGGACCACCGCUCAGUCAACCGGACUCUCAGCCGGACUCUCAGCCGGACACACAGCCCCAGUCAUGGAAGAGAAAGAGCAGAGCAGCCCGGGGGAGCUCCGGUACUUCCGUCUGUCAGAAAUAGAGGAGAAAAACUCAUUCAAAUCCACAUGGAUCAUCAUCCACAACAAGGUGUACGACGUGACGAGAUUCUUAGAGGAGCACCCUGGGGGGGAGGAGGUGCUGAGGGAACAGGCUGGGGGAGACGCCACAGAGAGCUUUGAGGACGUGGGACACUCGACUGACGCACGGGAGAUGGCAGCUGACAUGAUCAUUGGAGAGCUGCACCCGGAUGACAGAGAGAAGAUUGCCAAACCUGUGGACACCCUGGUGACCACACUCCAUGAGGAGCAGAGCUCCUGGUCUCAGUGGCUCAUCCCUCUGCUGGCUGCUGGAGUGUGUCAGAGCAGAAUCCACAAGGACCACAAGGGCCGGGAGAGGAGCACAGGGACUUGCAGAGGAGCACAGGGCUGCAGAGGACCACAGGGACGUUCAGUGGAGCACCGGCGCCUGCAGAAGAGCAACAUGUUGGACCCUGUGGACGGCCUCCUGGAGCCAGUCUCUGAUGAGGAGUUGGACGCAGAGCAGGACGCUGCGCGCCUGCGCUUUAUGCGUGAGCGGCGGCGUGCACGCUCGCUGCCCGCGUGCACGGCGCUGCUGGGGGACGGCGGGCGGAAGCGUGUGCAGUUCGCAGACACUCUGGGCCUGAGCCUCGCGGACGUCAAACACUUCAGCACCACUGACGCACCGCUUGUUCCGCACGCUGUGUUGACACGGCACCGAAGUCUGCAGCGUGCGCCUCAGCCGCUGCUCGUGCUCGUGCCCUGUUUCCCGGAGAUUGUGGACGCCCAGCAGAGAGCGCAGGUGCAGCGCGUGGCCCUGGAGAAAUUGCACGUCACACAGUUUGAGGUGCGUGGACAGGUACUCACGUGCACAGAGGACAUGGACGCGCACGUGAGUGUCAGAUACACUUUCAACGAGUGGCUCUCUCACGUGGACACUCCAGCCGCACGCCUGUCCGACCGCUGCUUCAGCUUCUCUGUGCUUGCGCCACCGCCCUGGAGCGCCAGCGCCCUGCACUUUGCUGUGCACAUGCGCACCGUGGACGGAGACUUUUGGGACAACAACAGUGGCGAAAACUACAGUUUGCGCUACGGCCGUGCACAUAGGGACUGA